UAUAAUAUAAUUGCAUUAUUGGCGAACAAGAGAUAAUAAGAAUCAGAGGCGUUAGGGUUUCUUUUUGUUAUUUUCUUCGUUCUGAUUUUCUCUCUCUGUUCAUUCUAUUGAAAGGCGAUCAACUAAAUCCGAAUAAAAAUAUAUAUAAUUUUCGUUUUUAUAGACUUUUUCGUGCCGGAAUUUGUCGAUUUGAUUGUUAAAAAACGAUUUGAUUUUGAAGAUUUAUAUAUACGUGUACGUUUGAGAAUCGGUCGAAUUCAAUUUAUUUGAUUAGUAAUUAUGAGAGGAUCGCACAAAUCAAAAAGGAUUACUUGGGCUUCAGAUCUUAAUCUUUGUCAGAUAAAGCUGUUUUUGUCUGAAGAACCUCCUUCCCAAGUUGGAAUCAAAACUCGAAAUCAUCCCCAGACAAUGCCGUUUUGGCCGGGGCAAUCAGUUGGUAAUGAACCUAAUGACAAUUUGCCACCUGGCUUUGAAGGAAUCCAUCAGUCCGUAAAAUUGUCUCAAAUACCCCUGACAAAAUGGAGAUGCCCUCCCAGAAUUGAAAUUAACAGCGAAUGGCAAGUGGUUGCUGGAGAAGAAAGCAAUGAAAUAAAAGCCGAAAAUCAACGAGAGACGAGAGUACUCGAAGCAAUUUACCCUUGGCCAUCAGCUAUUCCUCCAAACCCUUCUGUACUAGCUGAGGUAGCAAACUCAACUGGUAAUGACCAAAACACCCCUCGGGUUCCCCUCACACCGAUCGAAGAAGGGGAUGCUUCACUGGGUACACUUCUUUCCUCUCAUGCCAAUGGAACAGUUCAAGAUACGAAGCCAAUUGAAUCUAUGAUUGAUAGUGAUUUGCUCAUGAAAAUUCUCAGUAACCCAAAAUUGGUCGAGCAACUCGUGACCAGCAACGGCGGGCCCACUAAUAAACAAACGCCGUUAUAUAAUAAUAAUACGCAUAAUAAUAUACCCAGUUCCAACUUACAGAGUAAACCAGCUAUUGGAUCGCAAAGAGUUGGUACUCGAAAUACGGCAUCUAUCACUAGCCCACAUUAUAUUCCGAAUUCCUAUGAUCCGACUAAGAUCGGUAUCAAGAGAACAGAUCACCCUACUGUAGUGAAUGGACCUUUUUACCCUUCUCCUCAAACUAGAACUGCUAUGGGAGCUCCUAUGAAAAAGGACGUUAACUAUUACAAGAGUCUGAUUCAGCUACACGGAGGAGAAAAACGAGAUGUGUUGCCACAAUUCGUUCACCAGGACAAUCGACAAAUGAUGAUAAAUCAACAACCUAUUAGUAACUUUUUAAUGAAAUCAAGAGAAUCGUCAAAUCCAAAGAUAAUGACAAGACCUUGCGUGUAUUUCAAUACUCCCAAGGGUUGCAGGCAUGGAGCUAAUUGCACCUACAAACAUGAUACUACGUCGUACCAACAUAGGCUCAAUGGUUACGCUCCGGAGGUUCAAAUUGCAAAAAGAGUGAAAUUAGAUAGGGAGAUUACUGGUAUUUAGUUUCAUUGAAAAAAAAACAGCAAAAACAAUAAAAAGAAACUGUUUUCAAUGAGAAAUGAUCCAUCUUUCUUGUACGUGUUUGUGUUUUUCGUUUUUCAAUUCGUGUAAAGAUUGAAACCUGUAUUGAUUUUAUUGAGAUAUUCUACCAAAUAAACAAAUAAAUGAAAUACAUU